UAAAUCCCCUGGAAAAGUUGAAAACAAGAAAAAGAACGCAGAAAAAAAUUACAAGAAAACACAAACUUGUGCAGAGAAUCAUGACCUUCGCCAGUCACCACUAAUCUUUCGUCUUGUGCUGGAAUUUUUUUACUUCGGAGAUCGAUUCCCCGGCGACUUAGAGUUUUCAGUCCGGCAAGGUGCUUCUCUCUAUCUCUGUGUCUUGCUAGUUCGCUUCCAUAAGCAUAGCAGUAGGUAUUUGCCUUGACAGAUUUUCCCGUCUGGGGUUCAUUCAUUCUUAGUCUCGGGACCAAAAAAUGGCGGCCUAAGUAGGAAUUGCCGAGGUAGGAAUGAACAGUCCCGUUGACAACCAAGAUCUUCUUCUCGACCCGCGAAACCAACCCGAACUCCCGUACUCUCAACCGCAACCCAAUCCCUCCAAUUCCCAAUCCCAGCCUCGUCGCCUCCGUGGAUUCGCCGCCACCGCCGCGGAAUCCGCCGGGAAUGCCUCCACCGGCAAGGGGAAGAGGGAGAGGGAGAAGGAGAAAGAACGGACUAAGCUCAGAGAGCGCCACCGCCGUGCCAUCACCAGCCGGAUGCUCGCCGGACUUAGGCAGUACGGGAAUUUCCAUCUACCGGCGCGCGCGGAUAUGAACGAUGUUCUCGCAGCCCUAGCACGCGAGGCUGGCUGGACUGUCGAGACUGAUGGCACCACUUACCGUCAAUCGCCUCCUCCUCAGCUGGCUGCGUAUGGUGGUGGAAUAAGGUCAGUUGAAAGCCCUACCAUAUCUGCAACUUCCCUGAAGAAUAGUUCAGUCAAUGUGACGGCUGCAUUGGACUCUCAGCAGCCUCAUGUCCUUCGGAUGGAUGGAAGCUUGUCGCCAGCGGCUUCUCUUGAUUCAGUUGUGAUAAGCGAAAUAGAUACGAGAAAUGAGGCUGAGAAAUUUACUAAUUCAAGCCCCAUCAACUCUGUUGAUUGUUUGGAUCCUGAUCAGAUUAUACAAGAUGUUCGGUCCUGUGAUGAUGGAAAUGCUUUCACUGGCUCUCAGUAUGUUCCUGUUUAUGUCAUGCUUGUGAAUGGUUUUAUCAACAAUUUCUGCCAGUUGAUUGAUCCACAAGGUGUUAGACAAGAGUUGAGUCAUUUGAAGUCGUUGGAUAUAGAUGGUAUUGUGGUGGACUGCUGGUGGGGAUUUGUUGAGGCAUGGAGCCCUCAAAAGUAUAUGUGGUCUGGUUACAGAGAGCUCUUCAACCUCGUCAAGGAAUUCAAGUUGAAAUUGCAGGUUGUGAUGGCAUUUCACGAGUAUGGAGGAAAUGACUCCAGUGAUAUUCUGAUCUCUCUCCCACAAUGGGUGUUAGAGAUCGGGAAAGAGAACCCAGAUAUAUUCUUCACAGAUCGUGAAGGAAGAAGAAAUACUGAAUGUCUUUCUUGGGGGGUGGAUAAAGAGCGAGUCCUAAGAGGGAGAACCGGCAUUGAGGUAUAUUUUGAUUUCAUGAGGAGUUUCCGGACAGAAUUCGACGAUUUGUUUGCUGAGGGUCUUAUAACAGCGGUUGAAAUUGGCCUUGGAGCUUCGGGAGAACUGAGAUAUCCAUCUUUUUCAGAAAGAUUGGGUUGGAGGUAUCCUGGCAUCGGUGAGUUUCAGUGUUAUGACAAGUACCUCCAACAAAAUCUACAGAGAGCAGCUAAAUUGCGUGGUCACACACUUUGGGCCAGAAGCCCUGAUAAUGCUGGUGAAUAUAAUUCGAGGCCCCACGAAACUGGUUUCUUUUGCGAACGAGGCGAUUAUGACAGCUACUUUGGCCGCUUUUUCCUCUGCUGGUACACACAAUUGCUGAUUGGCCAUGCAGAUGAUGUCUUGUUCCUUGCCAGGCUUGCAUUCGAGGAUACAAAAUUAGUUGUUAAGAUUCCCGCAGUAUAUUGGUGGUACAAGACUGCAAGUCAUGCUGCUGAGUUAACCGCUGGAUACUAUAAUCCAACCAACCAGGAUGGAUAUUCUCCUGUGUUUGAUGCUCUGAAGAAACACUCGGCGGUAGUUAAGCUUGUGUGCUCAGGACUGCAAGUUUCUGGCAUCGAUGCAGCUGUUGCUGAUCCAGAAGGCUUAUGUUGGCAGGUUUUGCACGCUGCUUGGGACCAUGGACUGACCGUGUCAGGCACGAACAUGCUGUCGUGCUACGACAGAGAAGGGUAUAUGAAAGUAGUCGACAUGGCAAAGCCGAAGAACAACCCGGAUCAUCAUCACUUCCUCUUCUUUGUAUAUCAUCAGCCAUCGCCUUUGUGCCAAGGACCAGUCUGCUUCCAGGAGUUGGAUUACUUCAUCAAAUGUAUGCAUGGGGACAUAUGUGGAGAUGUAGUUUCCUGAGGAAUGGUACAGUGAGUGCAGCAUCAAGUCAGGCUGAAGACCUUGUUGGUGAGACAUUCUUCCCGUUGAUGGAAAUGGAAAGCGUUUGUUUGUUUGGUCUAUAGAGAUUGUGAAUUAUUGGGAACUAUGUAUUUUGGGCAUGUGAUUGUAAGGGUGAACAUAUCUGGAAGUCUAGAAAUAAAGUGACCUUUGAAUUUAUCCAACCUCAUGUCCGUACCCUAGUCAGACAGUUCUACAACCAGGUCCUCGAAAUCUCCAAUCUUCUUCUUCCCCCUCCUCCCCGCAGCUCUUUACUCCGAAUCCUUCCUCCCACCACUUGGGUCGCUCCACCAGAAGGCUUUUUGAAGUUCAACGUCGACGCAACUGUUUGUGCCUUCGGGUGUUCGUCUGGGCUUGUUAUCCGUGGGUCAGACGGGCAUGUGAUGUUGGCGUUCGGGUUGCAACAUCAAGGGAUAUUGCUUGGCCCACGAGAUAGUCGAAGGUGACUCCGAACUGGUUGUCAACCAAGUCCGUCAAGGCUUCUUAGAAGACUCGAUUGGUGGUUCGGUGUUUCGAAAGUGUCUUAAGAUCCUUAGCUCUUUGUCUGUUUGUAUAGAGUUUAGGGCGGUACCUAGAUCCGCCUUCAGUGCUGCCCAUAGAGUGGCGCGUAAAGCACUGCUUUUGUCUCGUGUAGAGCUAGAAUCUUUUGAUUUUUUUGGGUGGUUUCUUUAGAGUCUUUUAGGGGUCCUGGGUAGAAUUAUAAGCUUAACUAUUAUUUUCCAUUGAUAUCACUCAAAAAUAUAAAAAAAUAAAAAAAGGUGAACAUAUCUGGUUUGCAAGGAUUGUAGUAAUGAUGUAUUUGUAUUAAAUAUAAUAAUAGUGUACCGUUCUAAAUGUGCAUGAUGUUAGCGUUGGUGUUUCGUCCACGAGACUCUUGAUAUGGUUCUAAGAAAUUAGGUAAUUAGCGUUAAAUUGACAAAACCCAACUUACAAAAAUUAUGUAAUUAAUGCUGGGUUAAUUGACUGAGAUGAGAUUAUAAAAAACGUUCAAAUUUGGUCACUUGAAAUAUUUAAAUCCAUUGGUGGUACUUUAGUUUACUAAAACCGUUCAAGUUUGGUCACUCUCCGUACAAUUCAGUUAAUUUUUGCAUACGUGGCGGUCAACUCUAAAAGUUCCCUUUAAAAUUGUGAUGUGGCAAUUUAAAAAUAGUAAAGUUAAAAAUUUUAAAAUUGCACUCUCAUUUCCACCUCAUUAUCAUUUUUAUUUAAAAUAAAUAAAAAAAUUCCUAAUUUCUUAUAAUCCCUAACACCAAUACCCCGCUGUCGCAGUUCAUCGACAGAGAGUCGUAUCGCCGACAACAACAGCGGUCUCAUCCUCUUUUUCUUGCCGAUUCUUCUAGAAGCGGCGAGGAAUUUCAACCCCUCUUUCCCCUUCUCGGUCCUUUCCUCCGGCGUCUACCAAAAUUCCCAAAACACAUCUCACUCCUCGUGAUGCCGAACAUGAAGUUGCAUGCAGCAACGGAGACACGACGGAUUCCCCGGUGGUACACCCUCUACAGCCAUACAAAUCACGGUAACCCGGCGGUGACCUCCACUCUCUCCGCCAGGACCAUUCGAAGCGACGAAUUUAAUGCAUGAUUAAUCUCAUUUACGGGAUUCACCACAACGGCGCCAUGAUCCCUUCCACUCUAUUGCACUUGGCUACCUCCCUGCCGCUCCUCUGUCUUUCGAGAGGAGCAGUUCAUCGACGGAGAGUCGUAUCGCCGGCAAUAAUGGAAGCGGCGACGACGGGGUAUGCUGCCUGCGGAGUAUUGGUAUUGGGCAUCUCCAUCAAUGCAAUUGCAAAAGAUAUUGCAUUUGUAUUUUUUAUUGCCAACUCAAAUUUUUUGCAAUCCACAUCACAUUUAUUUCAUUCACCUACAUCAAUGCAAUUAACUUGUAAUUGCAAAUAUAAUUAAAUAUUAUGU